AUGUUUGUUUUCAGCAGUGCUCUAGCAGUUUUUCAGAAAACAACAGAAGAAUUUUCACAUCAAUUCUUAUCAGUUUCGAGCAAAACAAUUAAAGUCUAUGUUCAUCUAGUGUUUCUUCGAAUAGGUGAAAUUGAUACAUUAAAUGAAAAAUAUCAAGCACAAGCAUCAAUUGAAUCUCGUUGGUCUGUCGAAUUAGAGAACCUUUUACCAAAUCUAUCAUCGGACGAGCAACAACGUCUCAUGCAAGGAAAAUCGAUAUCUCUUAUUAAAUAUACUGAAUUUAACUGGCAUCCUCAAUUAUAUAUUGAAAAUGCUUUAGGAGAUUUAAAGGAACAAAUAAGAUAUAGUGCAACAAUAUCUCGUACAGAUAAUAAAAUAUAUAUUUGUGAACACCGUAAUAUUAAAGGGUCAUUUUGGGAAAAACUUGAACUAUACCAUUUUCCAUCUGAUGUUCAAGAAUUAUCAAUAUCAGUGGGUUCAAUGCUUUACGAUGAUAAAGUUCUAUUGAUAGUUGAUCCAUAUUAUUUGAGUGGAAUUAAUCGCGAAGUAUUUAUUGAUCAACAAGAAUGGUCAUUAUUUGAACAUGUUGAUACUAAACAAAGAUAUUUGAAAGAAUUUUUGUUUCAAGGUGGUGUUGAAGAAUAUAAUGAUGAAGAUGAUUAUGGAAAUACUGAUAAUAAUAAUAAUAAUAAUAAUAAAGACCGAAAUCGUUCAAUUUUUACUGUAACAUGUUAUGCUGCUCGUCAAUCGAAUUACUUUUAUUGGAAUGGGUAUUGUAUGAUAUUUCUAAUUACUUCAGUAUCGUUUUGUAUAUUUACUAUUCCACCAAAUCUAUCAGCAAAUCGUCUUCAAAUUUCUUGCACACUUCUUUUAACAUCAAUUACUUUUCGAUGGACAGUAAAUCGAUCACUUCCCACAAUAUCCUACUCAACAUCAAUGGAUAAAUAUGCAAUAAUGUGUCUAUUUAUUCUUGUUAUUCUUUCUAUUUGGCAUGCUAUUAUUGGUGGUUUAAUACUUCGAUAUACAUCUGAUUUUCACAAAACUUCAAUAACAUGUUUUAUCAAUUUUGAUCGGUAUGUUCUAUAUGUUUCACUAAUUAUCUAUAUAUUAAUUCAUGGGAUGCUACUUAUUUGGUUAUUUUGUGUUCCGUUAAAACAUCGACGUCAAUUGAAGCAAAAAGAUAUUCAAUAUCGACAAUUGUUAUCAAAAAAAUGUCAAUUAUCAAAGAAAAAAUUAGAAAAUAAUUCUGACUACGUUUCAAUUUCAAUACAAAUUUAA